AUGGCAGUGAACCUUCUGUCUCAUGAGGUAUCCGAUCUCUGCAUCGGCAAGCCAGCACUGAGAGUGUUGCCAAUCUCCGCCACCAUUCAUGAAGCCAUCCUUGUCCUCAAGCAAUGUGGUGAUACCUAUAUUAGCGUUUGGACCUCGGAGGCCUUCGCCGGAAAAUUCUGCAUGGUCGACAUUCUCUGUUAUCUAUGUGCAGAGGAGAACAUAUCGUCGCCGGAGGCCGCCCUCAAGAAUUCAGUCUCCGUCCUUCUCUCUAAUGAAACGGCCGCCCUUAUGGGUCAUGUAGAGUCACAUUCAAGAGUUAUUGAUGCUCUCAACCUUCUUCUGGAAGGACCGCGUAUCCUCUGGGCACCCAUCCAAUCAACGGCAAGCCAUCCCAAGAAUCCCGGAAGUAUCACAGGACAUUCCACAAUGUUCUGCUGGCUGACACAGGAGGACUUCGCUCGCUUUUUCUUCAACUCCAUCGCCACUUUCUCCCCCGUCGCCGACCUUUCUGUGAGCCAUCUUGGCCUCGUCCGCUCCACCGAUGUUUUCACCGUCCAUCGCCACGACCCCGACCUUUCCUUCCUGCCACUCAUCUCUCGUGCCCUCCACGAACAAACCUCUGUUGCGGUCAUCACCCACGAUCGCAAGCUCAUCGGCGAGAUUUCUCCUUCCCCCCUCGCUAGCUGCGACGAGUCCGCCGCCGCCGCGCUUGCUGCCCUCUCUGCCGGCGACCUCAUGACCUACAUUGACUGGCGCGGCUCCCCCCCCGAAGCCAUUUCUGAGGAAGACUGCUGA